AUGCCUUCGGCAAUGUUACCCGCGUCGAGGGCACCGGAGAACCUGGGUGACCGUGUGAGGGCUGAAAAGACACUAAAACGUCGUGCCAAAAAAGAAAACACGAGCUGUAGCAGCAGUAGUAGCAGCAGCGUCACCAGCAAUAGCAGUAGCAUUAUUAGCGUUGCAGGCAACGAGUCCGGAAAUUCAAAUGAACAACGCUUACCGCUAAAAAAACGUCACUAUCACGUAUUCAGCAACUUGCAUAGUAUUUCGCAGCAGCCACGACUCUUGGGUGAAGAGAUCGUUGAUAUAGACGACGAUGACGAUGAAGAUGAAGACGACGAAAAUAAUGAUGAUGACGACAAUCAUGAUAGCGAUACUGAUGAUGACAAUGGUGAUGAUGAUCGUGGUGAUAAUGAGAUAGAGAAAGAAGAUCGAAGACAUAUAGAAAAUCAUAAAAACGUCCAUGUGGAAAAACCUUGUUCGGAAAAAUCUGAUGCCGAGUCGAUAACCUUUAAAAAAAAAGAUGUAAAGGAUGUGGGGAUUUCUGGACAGAUAAAAAAAAACAAGCAAUCAAUAAUUCCUGUUGUUAUCGUUGAGAAAAAAAGGUUGAAGGAAUACAUCAACAGUCUCCCUUCUAAAAAAACUGAAAUUACCGAAUUAAUUGCAAAAAAGUUGCAAAAUUUAAGCGAUUCGCAGCCAAAGCGAAAAAAAAAAAUUGUCAAAGAUUUGCGCGUGACAGUAACAAAGCUACCCGUUGACAAUAACCAUAUCAUCGAUAAAAUUGAAAAACUUGAAAAAAUGUGCGCUGGUGAUAAAACAUUAAAAUCUAGUGCUGAAAAGGCCCGAAUAAUUGAAAAACUAAAUUUAGAGAAUACUCUAAGUUGUCAAACAGAAAAAAUAGUCAAAGUUGUGACUCGAUCAUCUGAGCAUAACUUACGCCCUGACCGCAUAGCCAGAAACAAACAACAAAAAGAGGAUAAGGAUAUUCAUUGUAAUAAAUCUGGUAAAAAAUAUAUUGAAAUUUUUAAAACCAUCAAAGAGGAUGUUGAUACAGCUAAGUCAGCUAAAAAAAAUUCAGUAACUAUGAAUAACAAAAUUACAAAAAAGGAUGCAGAAAUGAAUAAAGUAUCAAAAAAAGGCAGUGAAAUUAUUAACAAAGAAGCUAAAAAGGAUAAUGAAUCAAAUAGAACUUCCGAAAAAAGUAGUGCUGAGAUUUCCCAAGAAUCGAAUAAAAUCAUCGAAAUAAUAAAAAACCAUAAAAAAGAUACCGAACUUUUAACAAAUGAAUCGGACAAUGAAACAAACAUAAAAAAUAGUGAAAUCGUGCUCCAUAGAACCACAACAAAUAAACUUUCAGAUGAGUCUGUUGUGAGUACCACUGCUACCACUACUACAAGUUCUAUAGCCAUGAUGUUAAAAAAAAAGAUUCGUCGCAAAAAAACGAUCAAUCGGACAGGUUUUCCGACCGUUAAAAAAAAGAAAAAGAAGCCGGCCACUAUUACCACUGUCAUGUCCAAAGAAAAGCUGCAAAAUGUAAUAAGCAACGAGCUUACUAAACAAGCUUUGGCUAGUGCUAGUAAUUUUAAUUUUCAAAAGACAAAGCUAGAAAUGAAAGAUUGUAAAGUAAUUGAAGCCGAUAAAGACAAUAGUGAAUCGACAAAAAGCAAAUGUAAAGGAGACAGUAAAGAACCUGUACAGAAAAAAUUUUUCAGAAAAGAAAAACUUGAGAGUAAAAAUAUUGAUGUUGAUAAAGUAACAGAUAAUGGUGAAUACUUAACUUUCGAAGAAGCAACAGUACGUUUUAUUGAAACAGACAGCUGUACGAGCUCAACUGUUGAAUGUGAUGGUAGUAAGCCUUGUGAUAAACUCUGUCCAGUGAAGUACGAAAGGAUACAAGAUUCAAGAAUGUUUGACGAAAAUGCUACAUUAGAAGAAUCAUUGGAGAGGUGCAAUCAAAGUCAUAAAGUAUCUGUACUAAGUGAAGAAAACAUACGAAAGCUCGAGUGCUCGGCAUCGCACGUACGUGUGAAGCUCGAAGCUCACGCCUGUCUUCACCAUCACAACCAUCCCCACUAUCAUCUUAAUCACAGUAAUAAUAACAGCAACAACAACAAUAAUAAUGAUAAUAACAAUAGUCGUUGGAUGCGUGAUUCUUUAAGUCCAUGUAAUGCACUAACGAUCAAAAACAUCAAACGGCUGCGUAAUGAGUAUGAUACGGAAAGCGAUGCGCUCCCUAGUAGUGACAUUGCCAGCGACGAUCACGACAAACAG